AUUUUCUUUACAAUGACGGACUAAACACAGAGGGAUGAUUUUCAUUUUAAAGCAAAUUAUCAUUUGCCUGUAUAGAGAAUGCAGAAUUCAAAAGGACCUUGAACACGCUAAUUUAAAGCCGCAUUGUCAGCAGUUUACUUCAGGUCGAUUACGUAGCAAUCCCCGAUGAUUUUUAACGGAAAACGCGAAAAAUAUUUCAAAAUAUUGAAAGCAGUGUGUCUAUUGGAAGUUUCUUUGAGGAUGUGAUCGAUAAUUUAGAGCGGAUGGCCUGUUAAAUAUCUCGGAUUCUAAUAGAUUCUUUUGUCUUUUAACGGUUGAGGUUUCCGUCGGACCUCCGGAAGUAAACUGGUGACAAUGCGGCUUUAAGAUGGUCUAAAACAUCGCGACCCUUCGCCUUGACAUUCUAACAGUGCUUUUGGUUAGUUCGAGGACGUCAAUCAUCCGCGUUUCCAUAACGAUCGUAGUUUCGCAGUCAACUUCAUUUGUUUGUUAGAUUGGGGAUCGAAGUGCGUAGGUCGGUUUGGCUCAAAUGAUCAGCUGAAAUUGCUUCAAAACGUUUGGAACAAGCCACGAACAGUAAAGGAAAAGAUUCACAGGAAUAAGAGAAAGUGAUAAUCUAAUUAGCAGGUCGCAAAAUCAAAUAUUAUCUGAACAAGAUGAAAUUAUCGCCGAUAACCGUGGCCGUUUGCUGACUUGCAUGACAGCGAUCCAAUCUUGAAGAGUUUCGAGGCUUUCUUUGUGAGAUGACUGGCAAAACGUUAACCUUGAAUGUUUUGCAAUAUAUUUUUUACCCUUUUAUGAGAACUGAACUUUUGCGUUUCUUUACUGUGUUGUAAAAUGUGGCUCUCUUGGGCCCUGAGUAAAGUCGACUACAACUUUCGAUACACGAAACAAAUGAAGUCUGCCUUGAUCGUUAUGGAAACGCGGAUGAUUGACGUCCACGAACUAACCAAAAUCACAGUUAGAAUGUCAUUAGAAAGGCAAAGGGUCGCGAUGUAUUGAGAAUCGCUAUAAAAAUCCGUAUGCUUGCCGACAGGUGCAAUCCAGGACACCAUAAAGUCGCAUACUGCGCUGCUUUCAAGUUUCGUUAUGAAAGACAAAGUGUGUGCAUAAUCCAACCCGAAAUAAUCGAUUUAGAUUCAACAUGGCAAUUACAAAAACAAACAGCGGUUACACCUCGCAAAGAUUCUCUCAUAAUCACAAGUAUAGGAUAUCCGGGCGAUAGAAUCAGCCCGAAGCAGUAACACUAUGGAGAAAACAAAAGCACGCUGAAGAAAAAAGGACAGGAGUUGAUCCUCUGCACAAGAAAAGCGCAAUAUACGAAGAGUGAAAUGUGUGAAAACAAGUCCUUGUACCAAAUAGAAAAACUCUGCAAGUCAAACCUUGAAGACACAAUGUCGCCGGAAACACAGAUGCAGGCAAAAGAAGCCCUUUUUUCAGAGAUGAAGAACCGCAAUCUGGCGACAUGGGUGAGUGAAAGCGCGGUUUUCGUCAUUCUUACAUCAAGUAUUAUUGUAUGCAAUGUUCUUGUACUUAAAGCUAUUCAACAGAACGCUCGGCUACGAUCACCUUCCUAUCUGUACAUCAUGGCAAUAGCGUUCGGGGAUCUGCUCACUGGGAUAUCGAGAGGGCCUCUUCUUUGCUACUAUUUCAUGACUGGAGAAUGGGACCUGAGUGAAACAGUGUGUAGUGUUCAGGGCUUUAUUUUGACUGCUGCAACCACAAAUACAAUAAUUACAUUGGGCUUGAUGGCCAUUCAGAGGUAUCUAGGAGUGGUCCGACAAACGCUACACGAUCGAUUCUUUCGAAGGAACACGACACUUAACAGUGGGCGUCGCUUGGCUGAUUUCUAUAGUAAUAAUGACAAUGCAAAUCGCAAAUGCGGGUUUUCAUUUCCAUCCAGGUUAUGGUUUUUGUCAGGCAGUACCACUAAAGGCUGGCCGUGCAUUUAUCAUUUUCAUUUUACUAAUUAUUAUCCCGUUAAUUACAAUAUACGUGUUUUAUAUCAGGGUAUAUGUGUAUGCAAGAUCGCACAAUCAUGCUAUGGCUACCACUGGAGUAAGCGCACGCGAAUUAAAGACCACGAAAUAUCUAUUUGUGGCAUUGUGUGCCUUCACACUCUGCUUCAUUCCCCUUAUGGCGGCCUCUAGGUACGAGUCAUUAAAUGCCGCUUUCUUUACUCUUCCUCGUUCUUUAUGUGCGUUUGUUAGCAUGCUUUGGCUAUGUUCUUGCAUCGCAAAUCCUUUGAUAUACAUAAUAUUCAACCAGACGUUCCGCCGAGAGGUCGCCAAGGUUCUUCGCUUGGAAAAAAUGACGAGAAAAAUCGACGUUUCGGUUACAGGCGAGUCUCAUAGCCUUAGUGUCUUCACAAAAUCGCAAAGAAACAAUAAGGACGAUCAACAAGGACGUUAGAAAAAAAGAGAGAAAUCGAAUAAACAGGAUAGCAAAAUUGCGGCACUCGAUGUUAGUGUUUAUAGAAACGGGUACAUUUGCUAGAGAUUCUUGACGAGUUUUAUGUUGUGCAGACUUAACACACCCUAAGUAAAAACAAAAUUCUGAAUGGCUGGUAAAAGAAAGUUCUAAUUGCUUCAUCAGCCCCCGGCAAUUAUAGGAAGGGGUUUUGUCAGUCCUCAUAAAUGCUACCCUGUUUAGACCGGAGAGAGUGGGGGAGGGAGGGGGGAUUUGAGGCCCCACAAAUUUUAUCUUCAAAACUUUGGAACUAUUAAAAUUUGAACACUGAAAUUUGAUAACUUUUCCCAAAUACUAUUUAAUGUAAGCAAAUCAAUUUGGUGCAUACAGAUGCACUGGUAACCCUAGCAAACAAAUAGAGACGUAUGAUGUGUAAGAAGAUGGCGAAAACGAAAUAUAGCGGAGCUACUAGAAAGGAUAUCUUGUUUGCGGACUAAACACAGAGGGAUGAUUUUCAUUUUGAAACAAAUUAUCACUUGCCUGAAUAAAGUAUGCAGAAUUGAAGAGAACAUUGAACACGCUAAUUUAAGAUGGUCUGAAUAUUUGUUAACAUUCCGUAUGCUUGCCAGACAGGUGUAGCCAAGAACACACUAAAGUCGCAAACUGCGCUGCUUUCAAGUUUCGUUAUGAAAGACAAAGUGUUUGCAUAAUCCAACCCGAAAUAAUCGAUUUAGUUUCAACAUGGAAGUUAUAAAAACAAACAGGUGAGAACUAGAGAUACGACGCGUUAUUUUCAAGACGUUCGAGAAUUUGAGGUCAGGGAAACAUUUGUUAUAAAGCUGUACCCAUAUGUGUGUUUCAAAAAUAUCAUGCUAAAUUAAAAUUAUAAUUUCUAUCAAGAAAGCAUAAAUUCCUGUUGUUUCUAACCACUAAAACCAAUUACCUCAAGUCAGUUAGACACCAUUCAUGUUUCUCUAUACAGCAAUCAAUUCCCCGCAGCUGCUCUGAAACAAAUUUCAAACUGAUCUCGUUGUCUUCAGUAAACCCCGCUGUGACUGAGAAUACAUGUGUUUUUUGUGGAUCCCAUCUCUAUUCGACGCCAAUCUCUGGGAAUACAUCGAAUCCUUCUUAGCAAGUACACGUAGAGUGCUUGAUGUGAUCACCAUCUUCCAAAUAUCGUCUCUAUACUUGAUUUACCGUUUUCAGUGAGAAAUGCUAUUUUCUUGGAUAUUCACCGACUGAUUUAUGCAUUUGCUAUUUACGUAGCGGUUACACCUCGCAAAGAUUCUCUAAUAAUCACAAGUAUAGGAUAUCCGGGCAAUAGAAUCAGCCCGAAGCAGUAACACUAUGGAGAAAAAAAAAGCACGCUGAAGAAAAAAGGACAGGAAUUGAUCCUCAUCACAAGAAAAACUUGUUAUGCGAAGAGUGAAAUUUGUUAAAACAAGUCCUGGUACCAAAUAGAAAAACUCUGCAAGUCAAACCGUAAAGACACAAUGUCGCCGGAAACACAGAAGCAGGCAAAAGAAGCCCUUUUUUCAGAGAUGAAGAACCGCAAUCUGGCGACAUGGGUGAGUGAAAGCGCGGUUUUCGUCAUUCUUACAUCAAGUAUUAUUCUAUGCAAUGUUCUUGUACUUAAAGCUAUUCAACAGAACGCUCGGCUACGAUCACCUUCCUAUCUGUACAUCAUGGCAAUAGCGUUCGGGGAUCUGCUCACUGGGAUAUCGAGAGGGCCUCUUCUUUGCUACUAUUUCAUGACUGGAGAAUGGGACCUGAGUGAAACAGUGUGUAGUGUUCAGGGCUUUAUUUUGACUGCUGCAACCACAAAUACAAUAAUUACAUUGGGCUUGAUGGCCAUUCAGAGGUAUCUAAGAGUGGUCCGACAAACGCUACACGAUCGAUUCUUUCGAAGAAACACCACACUUUUAACAGUGGGCGUCUCCUGGCUGAUUUCUAUAGUAAUAAUGGCCGGGCAACUCACAAAUGCGGGUUUUCAAUUCCAUCCAGGUUAUGGUUUUUGUCAGGUUUUACCCGAAAAGGUUCGCGCUUCAUUUUUCUUUUUCAUUUUACUAAUUAUUAUCCCGCUAAUUGCAAUUUACGUGUUUUAUAUCAGGGUAUAUGUGUAUGCAAGAUCGCACAAUCAUGCUAUGGCUACCACUGGAGUAAGCGCACGCGAAUUAAAGACCACGAAAUAUCUAUUUGUGGCAUUGUGUGCCUUCACACUCUGCUUCAUUCCCCUUAUGGCGGCCUCGAGGUACGAGUCAUUAAAUGCCGCUUUCUUUACGCUUCCUCGUUCUCUAUGUGCGUUUGUUAGCAUGCUUUGGCUAUGUUCUUGCAUCGCAAAUCCGCUGAUAUACAUAAUAUUCAACCAGACGUUCCGCCGAGAGGUUGCCAAGGUUCUUCACUUGGAAAAAAUGACGCGCUCAAGAAAAAUCGACGUUUCGAGUACAGGCGAGUCUCGUAGCCUCAGUUUCUUCACAAAAUCGCAACGAAACAAAAAGGACGAUCAAUAGCGUUAAAGAAAAAGAGAGGAAUCAGAUAAACAGUAUAGCAAAAUUGCGGCACUUGAUGUUAGUGUUUAUAGAAACGGGUACAUUUGCAAGAGAUUCUUGUCGAGGUUUUGGUCGUGCAGACUUAAAUACACCCUAAGUAAAAACAAGAUUCUGAAUGACUGGUAAAAGAAAUCGCCAAUUGCUUCAUCAGCCCCCGAAGGAAGGGAUGUUGUCAGCCCUCUGCAUGCUACACUGUUUAGACCGGAGAGGGAGGAAGGGGAGUGUUGCAUGAAGGCCCACGAAUUUUAACUGCAAGAUCCGGCAUGUCAAUCACGCGCGCACGAAUAGCCAAUCAGGAAAGAGAUGGUGCAAGAACAGCCAUGUGGUCCCACGAAAUGUCACACAAAAAGUCGGCAAUCGACGCCGAAAAAGAUUGGUUUGAGAUAUUUUUCUGCGAAUAUGGACAAGCAAAUAAGCAUUUUCCGGUCAGCGUAGAAAGUGAUAGCCCUGUUUUCUUUGCCCGACCGCUUUUAGUGUAGAGUUGGGACUGAAACUGUAGAAAAACAAGUAAUAUUUAAGUACUAAGAAGAAACGAAAAACAAAAACCAAACAAACCACUUACAAGAGCAAUGUAAGUACUACCAUAAAACUUGUGUUUGAUAUUACCUAGGUUACUUCAAUUACAUAUAAAAAUGAGACUGUCGUUUGUUCUUUUGCUGUAUUUCUUGACGUUUGCCGAUAGAACUUGUAGUUAGAAGUCAGACGUAAACAGCGAAUUCGCCCAAACCCGUAGUCAUCUUUUACUAUGCUGCUCUCAAGAUUUUCACCAAGCUUGGACAACAAGACAAAGUUCCAUCAUGUUAAGUUUCUUUGUUUUACUUCCCAAGUCGCAGGUAAACCGCUAUAAACGUCUUUUUUUUAGAUAAAUCCGAGCAGGACUCACUGACCUCAUCCGACAUGUUGUACAAUUUGUGGGACUUUUGAGGGACAUUUGGGUUGCACUUAGCUGGCUUCUAUUUGCUGCUUUCUGCUUGGAUAUUCGUGCGCGCGUCCGAUAUAUGAAUUAAGACUUGAACGCUGAAAUUUGAUUACUUUUCCCAAAUAUCAUUAAACGGGUUAGGACCACAUAUUUGUUAUAAAGUUGUACUCAUGUAUGUUAAAAUAAAACUCAUGUCAAGUUACAGUGAAAAUUUCUAUCCAGAGAGCAUAAAUCUGUUCUGUUGUUCCUCGUCACUAAACCAAUUACCUCAAGUCAGUAAGACAUCACUCAUUAUUCUCUAUACAGCAAUCAAUUCCCCGCAGCUGCUCUGAAACAUUACAAAUUUGUCUCGUUGUCUUCAGUAACCCCCCCUGUGACUGAGAAUGUGAUUUCUGUGAAUCCCAUCUCUAAUCGACGCCAUCUCUGAGUAUACAUUGACUCCUUCUUAGGAAUUACACGUGUCACACAAUCCCAACGAAACAAGCAGCACUAGCAGGCGUUAUGGGCAACGAAAAAGCAGCACUAGCAGGCGUUAUGAGCAACGAAAAAAGCAGCACUAGCAGGCGUUAUGGGCAACGAAACAAGCAGCACUAGCAGGCGUUAUGGGCAACGAAACAAGCAGCACUAGCAGGCGUUAUGGGCAACGAAACAAGUAGCACUAUCAGGCUUUAUGGGCAACGAAACAAGCAGCACUAGCAGGCGUUAUGGGCAACGAAAAAGCAGCACUAGCAGGCGUUAUGGGCAACGAAACAAGCAGCACUAGCAGGCGUUAUGGGCGACGAAACAAGCAGCACUAGCAGGAGUUAUGGGCAACGAAACAAGCAGCACUAACAGGCGUUAUGGGCAACGAAACAAGCAGCACUAGCAGGCGUUAUGGGCAAGGAAACAAGUAGCACUAGCAGGCGUUAUGGGCAACGAAACAAGCAGCACUAGCAGGCGUUAUGGGCAACGAAACAAGUAGCACUAGCAGGCGUUAUGGGCAACGAAACAAGCAGCACUAACAGGCGUUAUGGGCAACGAAACAAGCAGCACUAGCAGGCGUUAUGGGCAAGGAAACAAGCAGCAAUAGCAGGCGUUAUGGGCAACGAAACAAGCAGCACUAGCAGGCGUUAUGGGCAGCGAAACAAGUAGCACUAGCAGGCGUUAUGGGCAACGAAACAAGUAGCACUAGCAGGCGUUAUGGGCAACGAAACAAGCAGCACUAGCAGGCGUUAUGGGCAACGAAACAAGUAGCACUAGCAGGCGUUAUGGGCAACGAAACAAGUAGCACUAGCAGGCGUUAUGAGCAACGAAACAAGCAGCACUAGCAGGCGUUAUGGGCAACGAAACAAGCAGCAAUAGCAGGCGUUAGGGGCAACGAAACAAGUAGCACUAGCAGGCGUUAUGGGCAAGGAAACAAGCAGCACUAGCAGGCGUUAUGGGCAACGAAACAAGCAGCACUAGCAGGCGUUAUGGGCAACGAAACAAGUAGCACUAGCAGGCGUUAUGGGCAAGGAAACAAGCAGCACUAGCAGGUGUUAUGGGCAACGAAACAAGCAGCACUAGCAGGCGUUAGGGGCAACGAAACAAGUAGCACUAACAGGCGUUAUGGGCAACGAAACAAGCAGCACUAGCAGGCGUUAUGGGCAACGAAACAAGUAGCACUAGCAGGCGUUAUGGGCAACGAAACAAGCAGCACUAGCAGGCGUUAUGGGCAACGAAACAAGUAGCACUAGCAGGCGUUAUGGGCAACGAAACAAGCAGCACUAGCAGGCGUUAUGGGCAAGGAAACAAGCAGCACUAGCAGGCGUUAUGGGCAACGAAACAAGCAGCACUAACAGGCGUUAUGGGCAACGAUACAAGCAGCACUAGCAGGCGUUAUGGGCAACGAAACAAGUAGCACUAGCAGGCGUUAUGGGCAACGAAACAAGUAGCACUAACAGGCGUUAUGGGCAACGAAACAAGAAGCACUAACAGGCGUUAUGGGCAAGGAAACAAGCAGCACUAGCAGGCGUUAUGGGCAACGAAACAAGUAGCACUAGCAGGCGUUAUGGGCAAGGAAACAAGUAGCACUAGCAGGCGUUAUGGGCAAGGAAACAAGCAGCACUAACAGGCGUUAUGGGCAACGAAACAAGUAGCACUAGCAGGCGUUAUGGGCAAGGAAACAAGCAGCACUAGCAGGCGUUAUGGGCAACGAAACAAGCGGCACUAGCAGGCGUUAUGGGCAACGAAACAAGCGGCACUAGCAGGCGUUAUGGGCAACGAAACAAGCAGCACUAACAGGCGUUAUGGGCAAGGAAACAAGCAGCACUAGCAGGCGUUAUGGGCAACGAAACAAGUAGCACUAGCAGGCGUUAUGGGCAACGAAACAAGUAGCACUAGCAGGCGUUAUGGGCAAGGAAACAAGCAGCACUAGCAGGCGUUAUGGGCAAGGAAACAAGCAGCAAUAGCAGGAGUUAUGGGCAACGAAACAAGCAGCACUAGCAGGCGUUAGGGGCAACGAAACAAGUAGCACUAGCAGGCGUUAUGGGCAACGAAACAAGCAGCACUAGCAGGCGUUAUGGUCAACGAAACAAGCAGCACUAGCAGGCGUUAUGGGCAACGAAACAAGUAGCACUAGCAGGCGUUAUGGGCAAGGAAACAAGCAGCACUAGCAGGCGUUAUGGGCAAGGAAACAAGCAGCACUAGCAGGCGUUAGGGGCAACGAAACAAGUAGCACUAACAGGCGUUAUGGGCAACGAAACAAGCAGCACUAGCAGGCGUUAUUGGCAACGAAACAAGUAGCACUAGCAGGCGUUAUGGGCAACGAAACAAGCAGCACUAGCAGGCGUUAUGGGCAACGAAACAAGUAGCACUAGCAGGCGUUAUGGGCAACGAAACAAGUAGCACUAGCAGGCGUUAUGGGCAACGAAACAAGUAGCACUAGAAGGCGUUAUGGGCAACGAAACAAGCAGCACUAGCAGGCGUUAUGGGCAACGAAACAAGUAGCACUAGCAGGCGUUAUGGGCAACGAAACAAGUAGCACUAGCAGGCGUUAUGAGCAACGAAACAAGCAGCACUAGCAGGCGUUAUGGGCAACGAAACAAGCAGCAAUAGCAGGCGUUAGGGGCAACGAAACAAGUAGCACUAGCAGGCGUUAUGGGCAACGAAACAAGCAGCACUAGCAGGCGUUAUGGGCAACGAAACAAGCAGCACUAGCAGGCGUUAUGGGCAACGAAACAAGUAGCACUAGCAGGCGUUAUGGGCAAGGAAACAAGCAGCACUAGCAGGCGUUAUGGGCAACGAAACAAGCAGCACUAGCAGGCGUUAGGGGCAACGAAACAAGUAGCACUAACAGGCGUUAUGGGCAACGAAACAAGCAGCACUAGCAGGCGUUAUGGGCAACAAAACAAGUAGCACUAGCAGGCGUUAUGGGCAACGAAACAAGCAGCACUAGCAGGCGUUAUGGGCAACGAAACAAGUAGCACUAGCAGGCGUUAUGGGCAACGAAACAAGCAGCACUAGCAGGCGUUAUGGGCAAGGAAACAAGCAGCACUAGCAGGCGUUAUGGGCAACGAAACAAGCAGCACUAACAGGCGUUAUGGGCAACGAUACAAGCAGCACUAGCAGGCGUUAUGGGCAACGAAACAAGUAGCACUAGCAGGCGUUAUGGGCAACGAAACAAGUAGCACUAACAGGCGUUAUGGGCAACGAAACAAGAAGCACUAACAGGCGUUAUGGGCAAGGAAACAAGCAGCACUAGCAGGCGUUAUGGGCAACGAAACAAGUAGCACUAGCAGGCGUUAUGGGCAAGGAAACAAGUAGCACUAGCAGGCGUUAUGGGCAAGGAAACAAGCAGCACUAGCAGGCGUUAUGGGCAACGAAACAAGUAGCACUAGCAGGCGUUAUGGGCAACGAAACAAGCAGCACUAGCAGGCGUUAUGGGCAACGAAACAAGCAGCACUAGCAGGCGUUAUGGGCAACGAAACAAGUAGCACUAGCAGGCUUUAUGGGCAACGAAACAAGGCCCAUACUCAUCCUCCAGUUGAAUUUAUGGGGCCUCAUUUCAACUGCACAUGAUCAUGUCUCACACUAAUGUGGACAUUGAAAAGGAACUGCAACUUAAUGUUUUUUUUGUCCGAGCCGCGAGCUAUUACGUAAAUGGCGCUUAUUUUCGGAUCCAGGAUCGAGGGAUUGGGAGAUGAAGUCUCAGGCAUGUUGGUGGACAAUUUUGUUAGAGAGGUAUAUAAGGUUUGAGGAAUAAAAGACAGUUUUAAGGAAUUCUAUAUCAAAUCUGCACUGCCUAUCUAAAGUAACUAAACAUUUUAACGGUAUAAGUAAUGUAUAACAAACAAAGGUCUCAAACCUUCUUCCCUGGUGAACCGACCAAAAGAGAAAAAAAUUAAUGGACAAAAGGUACUAACCUUGAAAUGUAAUUUGUAUAAGCGAUAUAGGGAGUGUGAAUAAAUAGAGUAAUAUAUAGAGCAAAUCAUAAAAGAACUUGACAAAUGAUAAUAAAAAACCACUUUGACAAAA